AUGACAGAAGAAAGUAAAUUGGAUUUGGCAUGGCUGCCUCAAGGCACGAAAGCUUUAGCAGAUGGGGAGUACGAUGUGAUCGUACUAGGUACGGGACUUAAGGAGUGCAUUUUAAGUGGUUUGCUCGCGGUAAAUGGGAAUAAGGUUCUGGUGGUGGAUCGAAACCCGUAUUAUGGUGGUGAGUGUGCGUCUCCCAACUUAACGAACCUAUACAAAAAGUUCAAACCCGACCAAAAGCCACGCACAGACCUGGGCGCCGAUCGCGACUACAAUGUGGACCUUGUGCCCAAGUUCAUUAUGGCUUGCGGCAAGCUUGUAAAGAUGCUACUACACACGAAAGUUACACGUUAUCUCGAGUUUAAGAACGUUGACGGCAGUUACGUUGUCAAGGCGGGACGCACCUACAAGGUUCCUGCCACGGGUGAAGAGGCUCUGCGCUCAUCUCUUAUGGGCAUGUUUGAAAAGCGCAAGUUUCGAAAGCUCAUCAUGUACAUUUACAACUAUGAGGAGGAAGACUCGAAUACGUACGAGGGCAUGGACCUGUUCAAGCAACCAAUGAGCGACCUUUUCGAGAAGUAUGGUGUGGACGCUAAUACGCAAAGCUUUAUGGGUCAUGCUAUGGCUCUCAUGCGCGACGAGUCUUACCACAAUCGUCCCGCCAUUGAGACGGUGCGUGCAAUCAAAUUGUACGCUUAUUCACUUGAGCGCUAUGGCAAAUCUCCGUACAUCUACCCAUUGUACGGUUUGGGCGGUCUGCCUGAGAGUUUCUCGCGUCUCUGUGCCAUAAAUGGUGGCACGUUUAUGUUGAACCGCGCGGUGAACGAAAUCAUGGUCGACGAGGACGGCAAAGCUUGGGGAAUUAAGUGUGACAACGAAGUAGCCAGAGCCAAGCUGAUCAUUGGUGAUCCAUCUUACUUCCCGAAGUCAAAGGUGCGUAAAACUGGCGUAGCUGUUCGUUCCAUUUUCAUCCUAAAUCACCCGAUUCCCAACUCGAACGACGCAGAGUCGCUGCAGAUCAUUAUUCCUGCAGCCCAAGCGAACCGCGCGAACGAUAUCUAUAUCGCUGUGGUAUCUUCUGCCCAUUGCGUUGCGCCGCAGGGUAUAUACAUUGCAAUCGUUAGUACGCUCGCAGAGACAUCGGUACCUUUACAGGAGCUGGACCCUGGAGUGAAGCUGUUAGGCCCAUAUCUGGAACGUUUCGAUGCUGUCACAGACAUGUUUGAACCUGUGGGGAAAGGCGAGAAAGAUAAUUGCUUCAUCAGCUCUUCUUACGAUCCAACCAGCCACUUUGAGACAACGUCGGAGGAUGUGUUGGAUCUGUACAAGCGCAUUACAGGUGAGGAGCUCGACAUGAACAUUAAUGCAGACUCGACCGACGUGGAUCAGUAA